UUGUGUCCACCUCUUGAAAUUUAAUUUAAGCAAUUGACAAUUGUUUUUUUGGCGUGUGAACAAUGGAGCGAUCCGGAGUGUUUGAGCAGCUGGCCUGAGUGCCGGCUGCCCCAAUCCCCCGGAAACCGACUCCGUCAGAGGUCCAGAACGCCAACCGCCGCCAAACGAAUCGCACGCACAUCUGGCAGUCGACUGUAAACAAACCCGAGAUAUGAUAAUAGUCUGAUACUGAUUCGGUGUGCGUAUUAUGCAAAAACUAGUUUGAGAGCACGAACACCGCGCCGGUUGUUGAACUCUUGACACUUGACUGGUUGGCUGGCCGGCCAAAUUGGAGAAUCGCCCGCGGGUUCAAUAAGAAUCGGCGAAUUGGUCGAGUCAGCACCUCUGGGAAUUCAAUCCGCCAAAGUGAUCGAAACGAGCCACAUGUAUGCCUACAAAAUGGGUAGAGUUCCAGAGCUGGUUAUAUGCUCCCUCAUCGUGGUCAGUCUACUGGUCAUUCACUUCUUCUCGGAUUUGCUGCGAGCCUUUCUUGGAGGCUACUACAACAAGGAUGUGACCCUUUCCCAGCUGGUGGAGGCCCAGAGCUCGGAUUACGCCUGGCUGCUGAAGCUACUAGUCAAUUGCUUUGGCUACAGCUGCGUCUUUGUGCCGGGUUAUUUGAUUUACAAAUAUGUCGGAAGGAUCAAUUACCUAGAGAGGGGCAACCAGACCCUCCUGCACAGAGCCAUCAACAUGUGCAUCACGGGAAACUCUGGAUACGAUCAACUGGAUGCGGGAGGUAGCUCUACGGAUAAAGAUCGUCCAGCUGCUUCUGCGGCCCCCAAACGAACAAGUUCUCAGGAGGCAGUGCAGCUUUUUUGGUGCUUUGGCGGACUGAUGGUCUCCUAUCUCACCUGGGGCGUGCUGCAGGAGAAGAUAAUGACGCAGCACUAUCUUAAUUUCGCGGGAGAGAGUUCGAAGUUCAAGGACUCUCAGUUCCUGGUGUUUUCAAACAGAUUGCUGGCCUUUUUGGUGGCUUUGGCUUACCUGCAAUGGCAACCCUCACCUGUGCGACAUCGGGCUCCACUGUACAAGUACUCCUAUGCCUCCUUCUCGAACAUAAUGAGCGCCUGGUUUCAGUAUGAGGCCCUAAAGUUCGUCAACUUCCCCACUCAGGUGCUGGCUAAGUCCUGCAAAAUCAUACCCGUGAUGCUGAUGGGAAAACUGAUGUCUAAGGCUAAAUACGAGAGCUACGAGUACGUCACGGCCAUCCUCAUUUCUCUGGGCAUGAUCUUCUUCAUGAGCGGGUCCUCGGACAGCAGCAAAGCCAGCGGUGUCACCACGCUUACGGGUAUCUUCCUCCUCUCCAUGUACAUGGUCUUCGACAGCUUCACUGCCAACUGGCAGGGAUCGCUAUUCAAGAGCUACGGCAUGACUUCGCUGCAGAUGAUGUGCGGCGUGAAUCUGUUCUCCUCAAUCUUUACUGGAGCCUCGCUCUCCAUGCAAGGCGGAUUCAUGGACUCGUUGGCAUUUGCUACAGAGCAUCCAAAGUUCGUGUUUGAUAUGGUUGUGCUUUCUAUUUGCUCAGCCGUCGGCCAAUUGUUUAUCUAUCACACAAUUGAUGUCUUCGGCCCAGUUGUGUUUACGAUAAUAAUGACGCUGCGCCAGGCCGUGGCCAUCAUGCUCUCUUGCUUCAUCUACCACCACCAUAGCAUUUCGGUGUUGGGCAUCUUCGGUGUUCUCAUCGUUUUCGUGGCCAUCUUUCUGAGGGUCUACUGCACCCAGAGGAUGAGAGCCAUGCGCAAAAGGGCAGAGGCUAACAAGCCCAAAAUGGCUGUCUAACCAGAGACAUGAGCUCGUCUCGAAUAGAACGCACAGACUUCCUAGCUCAUCUAAUUAUUGUACUAAUAGAAGCUCAUGGUAGAUCCCACUUCCAAAGCCCAAACAGAGGCUGAUUGGUCUCCCCAAAAAGUGUACAGUUUUGUUUUUCUAGUUCUAAGUUGAAUGUAUACUUAUAACCGUAAGCGUAGACGCCUAACAAACAAUUUGUGUGCUUAAAUAAACCUUUUUAUAUGUAUGUAUGUAUACUGCAGAAGAAA